AUGGCGGACCUCCUCGGCGACCCGGCGUGGCCGCAGCUCCACGCGCAGCCCUGCACCGACACGCCAAGGCUGGGCCUGAAGUGCGAGCUCGCGCCCGACGACGCGUGUGUGCUCCGCGCUACCCGCCUCCACCUGGGCCCCAACGUCGCCACCCCGCCCUGUAGGCCUAAGGCUAGGCUCGACCCCGCCUCGCUGCGCGGCCUACCGCACCUCCGGACGCUCUCCAUCUUUGGCUGUUUUGGCGCCGCCCAGCCCCCGUCGAGCUGCCGCCCUCGCUGGAUAAGCCAUCGUGGCGACGUCACUUGUGUCUCACGGGUGAUAACCAGCAGAGCAAUGGUGUAG